AUGGCGGCACCCAUACUGAAGUGGAAGCGGGUAACAAACACAACUGGACAAGCUCCUAGGCCCCGACAUGGUCAUCGAGCAGUUGCUAUUAAAGAUCUAAUGAUUGUUUUUGGUGGUGGUAAUGAAGGAAUAGUUGAUGAACUUCAUGUAUAUAACACAACAAGCAACCAGUGGUUUAUUCCUCCUGUUAAGGGAGACAUACCACCUGGAUGUGCAGCUUAUGGAUUUGUUUGUGAUGGUACUCGUCUGUUAGUUUUUGGUGGCAUGGUUGAAUAUGGCAAGUACUCUAAUGAAUUGUAUGAACUCCAAGCCAGCAGGUGGGAAUGGAAAAGAUUGAAGCCAAGAACUCCAAAAAAUCAGCCACCUCCAUGCCCUCGUCUCGGACACAGUUUUACCCUUAUUGGAAACAAAGUAUAUUUGUUUGGAGGUCUGGCAAACGACAGUGAUGAUCCUAAGAAUAAUAUUCCAAGGUAUUUAAAUGACUUGUAUACAUUAGAAUUGCGUUCUUACUCCAAUUCCAUGAUGUGGGACAUUCCACAGUACUGUGGCCAACCUCCCCCUCCAAGAGAAUCUCAUACGGCAGUGGCUUACACUGGUAAAAGUGAUAAGCAUGCUAGGCUGAUAGUGUAUGGUGGAAUGAGUGGAUGUAGGUUGGGAGACCUAUGGCAGUUGAAUAUAGAUACAAUGACAUGGUCUAAACCCGUUGUUCAAGGUCUUUCACCUCUUCCACGCAGUCUUCAUUCAGCCACGUUAAUUGGUCACCGUAUGUUGGUUUUUGGUGGAUGGGUUCCUUUAGUUAUGGAUGACAACAAAGCAGCUGCACAUGAAAAGGAGUGGAAGUGCACAAAUACUCUAGCAUCUUUAAAUUUGGAAACUAUGACUUGGGAAGCACUUGCAAUGGAUGGGUUUGAAGAUGCUGUUCCACGUGCUAGAGCUGGACACUGUUCUGUUGCGAUAAAUUCUCGCUUGUACAUCUGGAGUGGACGGGACGGAUAUCGGAAAGCAUGGAAUAACCAGGUGUGUUGUAAAGAUCUGUGGUUUUUGGAAACCGAAAAACCUUCUUCGCCAUCUCGAGUUCAGCUCAUACGAGCUUCAACCAACUCAUUGGAAGUUCAUUGGGGCUCUGUUCCAACAGCGGACUCUUAUCUAUUGCAACUUCAGAGGUACGACAUGCCCCCUACUUCUCCACAGAUGCCAGGGACUGGCUGCGCUCCAACUCCUACGUCGCCAGUUACAACCGCUCCCUUGACUCCUGUGCAGUCGCAGAGUACGCCAUCUAUUGCCAACACUCAAAAUCAACCUGCAGUUGCAACAUCUCUUCUUGCUUCACCAACACCUGCAGUGACAACUGCACAAGCCCAAACUCUGGUUCGGUUAGCAAUGAAUCCUGUAAGCACUCAAGCCGCAAAACCUGGGACUCUUACUGUGAUGCAGUCUCGAAAUUCUCUUCCUACCCAGCAAAUCAGAGUCGUUACUCAAACACCAACUGGUACACAUGUAGUACGUCCUUUGGUGACAAAUGCAGUGUCAACUUCCUCUACCACACCUGUUACAACCAUGAGUGGAAUGGCUGCGUUAGCUGCUGCAGCAGCUGCUACACAGAAAAUUACUACCACCACCACUACAACAGCUAUGAGCAACAUUCGAGUUGUUUCACCUUCUAUUAUCAAUCAACAAGGAAUUAAGCUUAGUUCUGUUGCAGGUCUAACUGGACAAACUGUUCGUAUGGGUUCACCAGGAACUCUUUUGAAACAAGGAACUCAAGUCACUACUGCAGGAGGCAAACAAAUCAUUGUCCAAAAAGCAACUGGUGCAGGCAACCAACCGCAAAUAGUUACAUUAGUUAAAACAAGUCAAGGUGUGACUGUUGCAGCCGCAAAAGGGGGCCUCCCACAAGGUGCAACAAUUGUGAAGUUGGUUACGACACAAGCUAAUGCAAGUGGCACUAAACAAGCUACUUCUGUUUUAUCUUCUCAGCCAAAUACUAGCCAAGCUACAAUUUUGGGCAUACAGUCUAUGACUUCACAAGGUUUGCUUGGGCAAAAAGUUCUCAGGACUCUACCCACAAACAUCAUUAGUGUUGCUAAGCCAUCGGGAACAAACACCAGUACAGUGUCUACCGUGUCCUCAUCACCUAAACAAACAUUUGUUAUAGCAUCUCCAGGCACAGGAAAAACUGGCACCCCUGCUAAAAUUAUUUCUUCUGUUCCAAAAUUGGGCGGGUCACCUGCUUCAAUUAUUGUUUCUUCUGCUUCCAGUGGUGUUAAAUCCGUUUUGUCAACCGUAUCAUCUGAUUCUAAUAAAGUGAAAACUACUGGAUCAGUUAAUGUACUGCCUCUUGGAGGUGCAACUCCUCUCAAUACAAUAACAACACCAUCAGGUGUGAAAAUGAUAGUUGUUUCAUCAUCUGGUUUAACAUCAUCUGGACAGCAAGCGAUCACGAUUAUAACUACAGCAUCUACAUCAGGGUCUCAAGUUCUUCAUACAACAGCAUCCCCCAUUACUCUCACUAUGCCAACAUCAGCUCUUGGAAGUAAAGUAAGCAGUAUUACUAUACCUGCAAAAAGUCUCACUAGCCAAAGUUCAAAUCAAAGUUCUAAUAGCCAAGUAGUGAAUCCAGGAGCUCAAAUCCUUGCGUUACCUGCACAAGGUAUUCUUUCUGGUGGAGCGCUUCAAGCAAAACAAACUGUAGUGGGUGGUCAAAAAAUUCUUACUCUUGUACCACCCAGCUCAACUACAGCAAUAUCUGAGGCUAGCUCAGAAAAUUCUGAAACUACAGAUGCCUCCAAUUCCUUGUUGGGAAAAACAGAACAGCCUUCUUUGUUAAUUUCAGACAAUACUUUAAGCGUGUGUCAAGGUAAUGGAACUAAACGGACACUUGAAAGUCCAUCUGGAGAAAUAAGUGAAGCAAAAAAAAUUUGUCUAGAUGGUGUGCAUUGUGGUGAGGACGAUAAUGUAUCAACAGUUCCAAAAUCAGAUCCACUAAGUGAAAUUACUGAAAAUAAUGAUGAGCAUAGGACUAAUUCUCUUAAUCAGUGUUUAGAUGGUAUUCAUUGUGGCGAGGCGGAUGUUAUACAAAAGAAAUCUUCAAAAGUGUGUGAUGACGGAAUUCAUUGUGGAACGGAUGAUGAAGAUGAAGUUAAUGAUGGGGAGAAAAUGGACACUUCAAAUUCUAAACAGGUGUGUUCAGAUGGAAUCCAUUGUGGAACAGAUGAUGAAGAUGAAAAAGCAACCAGCAGUGAAGCAUUUGUUGAGGCUAAGAAUGAUGCAGAAAAUUUUGCAAACAAUUCUACGACUGGUGGUGAAAAUACCAAAGGUGAUCCAUCAUCAAAUCAAACUCCAGAUUCAAGCUCUCAAGCGCAAUCUCAGUUGGAGCCUGCACAGUGCCAAUCAGCUUUGACUUUAGAAGAGCCUGGUGCUCAGCCACCUGCUCAGAUGUGUGCUGAUGAUCCUCCCGCACGAUCAGAAGUCAACGCAUCUGAUUCUUCCGCUGAAGUGUCCAAAAAUUCUGCUAGACAGUCAUUAGUUACACUUUCUGCUGCAGCCAUUUCUUCUGGUAGUCCAUUCUCACCAGUCAUCGCAAAGAAGGAUGUUUUGCUCCCUAAUAACCAACUUACCAACAACAGUAUUGACAGUUCUGACAUAUCAAGUUUAAACCUGAAAGUUGACCUUUCUUUGAUUAAACAGGAAUGUACCACUCCUGUGAAAUCAGAAGAAACUCCUAAAAGAGAAAAUCAAUGGUAUGAUGUUGGAAUUUUUAAAGAAUGCUGUGGUUUGGUUUCACAUUUUUAUCUUCCUCCUGAACCCAGUGAUAAAAAAGAUUCAGAUUCAGACUCAGUGCCAGAUCUCUCUAGCCUCAAGAAGCGAGAAUUACAGCCAGGAACUGCCUAUAAAUUUAGGGUGGCUGCAAUUAAUGCUUGUGGUCGAGGUCCUUGGAGUGAAGUAUCAGCAUUCAAGACAUGUUUGCCCGGUUAUCCUGGAGCACCCUCUGCUAUAAAAAUCAGCAAGAGUAACGAUGGAGCGCACCUGUCAUGGGAAGCACCUCAGACUACUUCGGGAGAAAUAACAGAAUACUCUGUUUAUCUUGCAAUGAGGUCAGCAACGACGGGUGGUCAAGGGGACAGCAAACAAACAGUGACAUCCAACACAUCCCAACUGGCAUUCGUUCGUGUAUACUGUGGCCCAGAACCAUCUUGUACAGUCAGUGGUACACAUCUAUCAUCUGCUCACAUUGACAUGACGACAAAACCUGCAAUCAUCUUCCGCAUCGCUGCACGUAAUGAAAAGGGCUAUGGACCAGCCACCCAAGUGAGGUGGUUGCAAGAUGGGAUGAAUUCUGUCGGCAACAAAUCAACAAGCAAGAAGUCACACUCAACCGAGAGGAAUACAUCUGCCUCGAAAAAAAUCAAAUCUGAUGAAUCAUAAAUAAUUUUUGGACACUUGUGCCACAAAAAAUAUUGUAUAUUUUGUUUCUUCAUGCUAAAAAUGCUGCAAGCGCUUAUUGUAAAUUUCUAAUCUUACAUCGUCACCUUACAUCUUGUAAAAAGGCUCAUCUUUUCUCUACUUCAAGUUUAAAUGCAUUGAUGAGAGGACAUUGUAAAUACUCCCCAGACCCUAUUUUAAGCACUAUGUACCACGAUUGUACAUAUUUUUGAAACUCCACUAUAUAUUACAAAGUUAUGCAAUAUGUUUUCAUAAAGCAUCAUCAAUAUCCCUCUAGUUUUAAAACAAAAUAUAUGUAUUACCAGCAAUGUAUGAAAUCUAGCAUUCUAUGCAAUACAUGAGCUAUGCAUUUUGAAUAAUUCUGGAUUUCAUUCAGUUCCUGCGACAAAAUUUACUAAUGCAUGAUAUUUUUUGCAUAUAAACCUUGACCAACAUGUUUAUUGGGUGAGUUGGUUCAUAAUUAAAUGUUUAAUUGCGUAUUGUAAUUAUUUACUGAUAAUUCACUUGCUGUGUUAACUGUAUGUGCGAAAAAAUUCCCCAAUUCCAAGUAUAAAUAUUUUUAUCAAUUUGUGUUAUGAUUUGGUUGUUUCCGAAAUUUUAGAAGCAUUUUUUCUUAACCACUUUUUAAAUAAUUUGGAGAAGUUUAUUUUUUUAACAGUUAUUUUAAACUGCGCAGAUUGAAAUUCAUUUUUUAUGCUUCUGCACAGGACAUCACAUGUGAUGAAAUGCCAUUAGCGCACAGAGCAAAUUAUCAUGUCCUGGCAACUAGGUUGACAGCAAAGCGUAAACAUUAGUGCGCCAAAGUACACCAUUUGUGAUGUCAUAAGGAUCAUACCUUAUUUCCAAAAUCAGACAUUUAAAAAAACUAAAUAAAAAAUAACUGUUAGGGAAAAAAAAGUUUCUUUCUGGCCCCAUGUUAUUUUUUUUCUUUUGCUUAUUCUAUCUAUUCCAGUGACUAAAAGUAGUACUUUUGACUCACAAAAACAAUUCAUUUUCAAAAAUAUUUGAAAAGCAUACAUUGUUUCUUUUCGGAAAGAGAGCAUCACGUUUCUGGCUUUUUUUUUUUGCCAGAUGCUACUUCAUGUUGAUUCAAAUUCAUAAAGUCGCAUUGUUUUCAUUUGUAAGCUGAAAACUUUUAAAAUUUUGAUAUCUUUCAUUUUGAGAACUAAUUUAUCACAAUGAGUUAAAGAUGCAAUAACAUGAAAAAGAAGUGCUGGUCACACUGAUUUUUUUUUCUUCGCUAUGUUUUUGCUUAUGCUUUGCUGCAAUGAAUUUGGUAUGUUUGCACACCUUAUUUGUAAAUUUUUGUGAGUGAAAAAGUUAAUAUUGCAAGUGCACUUAUUGGAAAGUUUUAACUCCGAAGUCCUUAAAAUUAGAGGAAACAGUAUGCUGUAUUUCUCAUCAUCAAAUGCUACAUGCCGCAAUUGUAACUUGAAGAAUUGAAAACAUAUUGUACAUAUAUACAUGGAAAGUCCUUCAUUAAACCAUACUUGUUUUUUUUUGCCUUGUUUGUUUAAAUUUAUGAUUUUAAAUGCAUUUUUCAUAUGUCAUGAAAAAUAAACAUAGGAUUUCAUCUGUUUUUAGAGAAAUGUGAUUUCACAUCACUUUGUGUGUAUAUUCUAAACCAUCUUCAAUAAAUACUCUUAUAUUAUUUGCUGUUAAAUCAUAUUCCAGUUUGUGUAAAAUAAAGAUGAAUUUUAGAUUU